AUGCUGCGAGCAGCGCUAGGGAGGAGCGGCCUGCGCCUGUUGGCUGAGAGGUCGUUGGUGGGGAGAGGAGAGCUGGGCGUUGUGGUGACCGGGAGACACCUCUGCAGUAAACCUGAGGAUGGAGGUCACUCCUUCAAGGUCCCUGCCCACAAGCCCACCAAUUUUGAGAAGAGGAUCCUGGUGUGGGGAGGUCGAUUCAAAAAGGAGUCUGAUAUUCCAGAAUACGUCUCGUAUGAGAUGAUAGACGCAGCGAAGAGCAGAGCCCGGGUGAAGUUAUCCAUGAUCAUGAUACUUCUCACCAUCAUGGGCUGUAUUGGAAUGGUCAUUUCUGGAAAACGGGCCGCCAGCCGACAUGAGACCCUCGCCAGAAUGAACCUGGAGAAGAAGGCUCGCCUCAGGUCUGAAUCCGAGGAAUAG